AUGUCUGUUGUGACCCCGCCGCAUUAUGUGCGGUUAAAGCGUCACAACCUGACUAUCUUCCUUCAUUGCGACGUGAAUCACGAUACCGUUCAAGCUAUCAAGGAAAGAUACGAAAAAUUGACAGGUCGCACAUUCUACACUGUUCGGUUGUACCUUGGGCGGCAGAACCUCGAAGACUUUUCUACGCUCUACAACUGUGGCAUUGAAGGUGAAGACGCUGAGCUAGUAGUAGUGCAUUCGAAGGGGUUGAAAACGGACGGCUCAAGGGAGCAUAUUUGGGAGGAAGUAGAGGAGGCGAUGAGGCCGCCACCGCCAUCGAAGGAGGAGCGGCAGCAGACACUGGAGAGUGGCGAUGCUGCAGAGUCCCGUGAGGGUGGCGAGCCAGUAGAGGAGGGCGGCAAUGCUGGGCUGGUGACACGCACAGAGGACCGAGGUCUUUUGUUCAUAGAACCCAACGCGGCAUAG